AUGACGCACUCCACAACUUUACGAGGCUCUGGAAAGAGCUUCUUCCACAAUUAUCGAGUCUACCUGCUAGCAACAGUGUCUUACAUGGGCUCCCUCCUCUUCGGCUACGACGUCGGCUACGUCUACGCGGGCAGGGUCAUCGCCGGCCUGGGCAUCGGGGGCAUGAGCUCCAUCACGCCCGUCUUCGUCGCUGAGACCGCCCCGCCUGAGGUCCGCGGCCGUAUCACCGGGUUGUUCCAGGAGUUUUUGGUGCUGGGGAGUAGUAUUGCGUACUGGCUUAACUACGGCGUGGAGAGGAACAUGCCGUCUACAACAACACAGUGGAGGAUCCCCUUGGGCGUGCAGCUGAUUCCCGCAGGCCUGCUGCUUAUCGGAUUGAUCCCGUUGAAGGAGUCCCCGCGAUGGCUGGCUAAGCACGGCCGGAACGAGGAGGCGUUGGCUUCUCUAGCUUACAUGCGUAAUCAGCCGAUCAAUGACCCCAGCGUUGUCAGCGAGUUCAACGAGAUCACCGUGUCAUGUGGCGCCGACGCCGAGGCAGCGCGCCAGUCGACUUGGAAGGAGAGCCUCAAGCCGGGCGUGCGGAACAGAUUCCUGCUCAUCUUCGCACUCAUGGUGUGGCAGCAACUCACCGGCACGAACUCCAUCGGCUACUACGCCCCUCAGAUCUUCCAAACUGUUGGUGUCUCGAGCGCCGAUGCGUCGUUGUUCGCGACGGGUAUUUACGGCAUCGUCAAGCUCAUCUUCACUGCUGUUUCUCUUCUCUUCGUCAUUGACAAGAUUGGCAGGCGUUGGGCCCAUACACUCGGUGGGUUAUGGAUGUCCGCCAUGAUGUUCAUCCUCGCCGCCGUACUAGCCACUCAUCCCCCUGAGGGUGGUAAGGCGGUGUCCUCGGCAUCAAUCGCCAUGUGCGUCCUGAUCUAUCUAUAUGUGAUCGCCUACACAGGCUCCUGGGGUCCAGGGCCAUGGAUCUAUGCAGGAGAGAUCUUUCCGACGCAUCUCAGAUCAUACGGGGUCGCAUUCGCCGCCGCCACUCAGUGGCUAUUCAACUUCAUAGUCACCCGCGUCACGCCGCAGAUCAUCUACGGAAUCGGCUGGAAGACGUUCAUCAUCUUCGCCGUCUUCUGCCUUGCCAUGAGUACCUUCACGUUCUUCUUCAUGAAGGAGACGAAGGGGAUGAGUCUUGAGCAGGUCGAUGUCCUGUUUGGGGCAGCCGAGCAGCGAGGUGGUCACCUCGAAGCCGGUGAGGAGGAGGUAGUGCACGGUGUGGAGAUAGAGGAGCAAGUGAAAGGCAAAUCGCAACCCAAGAGCGAAGAUGAUUGA